AUGGGUCUGGCGGGGGGCGUGGGGAGAGGCAGGGGAGGGUCUCCAGUGCUCGCCAAGCCUGGGAUGGCCAGACAUCUGCUGGGGGCACGUGCAAGAGUACCCGUGGGGCUGGACACUGCGAUCGAGGCCUGGGAACAGAGCAUGGGACCCCUGCAGGCCCAGCCUGAGGUCAGGGCCGAGGACGGCCGUGUGGCCCCAUUGGCCGAAGGAGCAGGGUCACCACGCCGCCAGGAGAGAGAGGAGCCGGGCGCGCUCAUAGGGUAA